ACGUGUGUUAUCGCUGAGAGAGAGAGAGAGAGAGAGAGAGAGAGAGAGCAUUUUCAGGCCAGCAGUCAGUCCGUUCAUGCCUCAGAGUAGUGCAGGGAACCUAGAAGCAUGUCCGUGGUGGUAUACAAGAGGCAAUCCAACAUAGAUAUUAUACCAGAGGAUGACUACUACACAGAGGUCGCCGCCAGGAAGGAGAGGCCGUAUACCUUCACCUUCUUUGACCUGCCCGACCCCAUAUGUGUGGAGAUCAUCUCUCGGCUCAGCCUGCGAGACACCCGGUCCAUGGCCCUGACCUGCCGUGCUGGCUGGCAGAUCACUCGGGUCCAGCUCAUGUGGAGGAAGAAGCUGUGGCUAAGAGCUGGGGUGAUCAACUUGGGAUUGUUUGGGCCGACCUUUGAGCCCAAUGCCCAGGCUGGCAUGCUGGUGCGGGACCCUCUGCUGGUGAACAACAAGAUGCUGUAUGAAAUGCUUGACCCUGACUCCUGUAUUGAUGAGAGUGAGGAGGACCUGGACAUGGGGCAUCUGUUGUCCAAGAUGGCCACACCCAAUACGUCUAUUGGCUUCUCAGAUGUCAUAGAUCACAUCCUGAGCAUAUUCAAUGGUGGGAACCAGCAGACAUCUUACUCUGAUCCCUUCACGAGGGGCGAGGGAGCGCCAACCUUCCUUCUCUUCGGAAUGCCGGAAACCAAAGUCUCCAAGAAACUUGUCCUCAGCUUCAUUGCAUCCAAAGGCUCAACCUUCGACACUGUGGGUUUUGUCAAGGGCAAGCCGGGAGGAUUAGGUGGGGGCGUCACUGUGCGUUAUGGUCACUACCUACUGAAUCUGCUGACAGUGCGGCGUGCUCGUCCCCGCCUGCUGGUACAGGACCCUCAGGGUACCACUUUCCACCCUGAUGUGGCCAUGGUAAUCCCUCAGGUGGAUGGGCUGAUCUGCUACAUGGAUGCCACCUGCCACUGUGAGACAAGGCGGGAAGGCAGCUCAGGGGGCAGCCACACCCUGGACAUGCUGGAGCUGGAGGCCAUGAUGCGCACCAUUCCUACCAAGCUGUGCCCACCUGUGCUGGUGUUGCUGGCGCGCAUGGAUGACCCUCAAGUCCCCAUCACCGACUCAGACCAUGAUGCUGAUGGCUUGGUGGACCACAACAUGCUGCGCCGGUCUCCUCACGCUGACCUCCCCACAGGCAGCCCCCCACCAAGACACCGGCCAGCCAUGCUGUAUGAUGUCCUUAGCAAGCUGGACCUUCCCUGGGCUGUGUGUGAGGUGGAAGUAAAGACCUUGUCUGGCGUGCACCGAGGCCUCAACUGGCUGCUGCACCGCACCCUCAAACUCAAGAAUGGAUAAGGUACUAGAACUUGUGUGGGAUUUACAGUGAGGGAACCUGAUUGAUUAUUGUAGUAACAUUUAACUGCACAAGUCCUAGCACUUCACUCAUGCAGUGGUGUGUGGGGGCAGGAUGUGUUGCUGAGCCCCCACUGUGCUGGUUGGCCUUUGUUGAUGCACGCACAGGAGUUGGUCGUGUGUUGUGUGAAACUUUGUGUUUUGUGUUCAGGGUGGAGAGGCAGACAGGAGUGAGGAUACAUGUACCCGGCAGUGAUACUUUAUGCAGACAGUAUAUGUACUGUAGAAGGCAUUGUGCAUUUGUAGAAUAACAGGAGGUAUUGAUCUGAUCCUGUUUUCAGAAAAUCCUUUAUGGUAUUUUUGCAGCUAUGUAAAAAAAAGAAAUAGGGGAUAGAGUUGGGUUUUGGCAAUUUCAUCUGUGUCCCAUAUAGUGUCAAAAGACUGGAGUGCCUGAAGCUUUCCAUGGUCUACCUAGCAAACAUCCAUGGGCUUGUGUCAGAAGAGUUUGUAGUACCUCCAUCCUUGGGGCACCCACUCACUCUCUCCAAGUACACACCAAGCACCACUCAAGAUGUGCUCUUGGCUUUUAAUCAAUUUUUUUGUGUAUAAUUUCAGAUUGUAAGGUAUUUAGAACAUUAGUUCUCAUAAUAGUUUUGCUAAGCUACAUACAAUUGAGGCUUUAUACUCAUCCCCAGCUGGAGGUGGCAGGUUGGCAUUCUGAAUUGCUCUUCAAGUCCACUUCCAUCAUAUACAAAUUUUAGUGAUUUAGAAAUACUCUCCAUGUUGUCCUGUAGCUUUCCUAGAGGCCUCACCCCAGCAGAGGGGGCACCUAGAGCUGCAAGGCUCUGCUGCUAUUCAGUGGAUGAGUGCUGAGUGUUAGGCAGUGAUGACAGUUCCUCCUGAUCCUUGGCAUUGACAUGCUAAGUGUGUGUGUGUGUGUGUGUGUGUGUGUGUGUGUGUGUGUGUGUGUGUGUGUGUGUGUGUCCUGUCCAGAGGCCUAGAGUUGUCUUAAAUUAGAACUAGUCAUAAACCAGCAUCUCAGUGAGGUAGAGCAGGCAGAGCAAUGAUCUCACUCAUAAAGGUCCCUCUGCCUGCCAGCAAGGUCCACAUCAGUCUUUGUGUUGUGUGCACACACUGUAUUUCCCUGCAUAGAGAUGCACUUACUCUGAAAAUUAUCUCAAGUUACUGUGUGUCUUAUAAUUUAAGAAUAGAUAGUAGGUAAGAACAGGGUUAAGCCUCAGAGAAUAGUUUGUGAUAUUAUAAUGUAAACAAAAAUUACAUUGUGUUGUCAUUGUGAAUGAUAUGCAUUUUUCUGUUAUUAGAUAACGGAUCAAGGAAGUGUAGAUAAAAGUGUUGUGUACAACACUUAUGAGAAUCAGUGUGCACACAUGCUGUUGUAAAGGCAAUUGUCUGAUGCUUCUGAGUGUUUCUCACAACUGCACAGUUGAGCUAAGUUCUGUCAGCCACCACUCAGGCACAGGAACCCAAUGACCUCUAAGAAACAAAUCAUUGCUACACUUGUGAUUCCCCUUAAUGAGUUGGAAGAAGGAAGGAUGUACAAGGGUGAGUGAGUCACCUGCCCAGCAUCAUUCUGGCUUAGAAUACAGAAGAGAGGAAUACAUCAGGCAGCUUAUGGUAUGGUAAAGGGUACCAAUCCUUAGUUCUGGAAGGAACCAGCCUCUGCUACAGUAUGAAUCUGUAACACAAUAUGUGCUAUUUGAAUGAAUUUGUAAAUGCAUAUAUAUAUAUAUGCAUAUACAAAAAUACAUAUAUACUAUGUAAGUAUAGUAUAUAAGUAGAUUUAGUGGAAAAGCAACAAAUAUUUGCUUGUGGAAACUCUAACAAAACAGCAGAAAAACUUGAAUAUUUAAAAAUUUUCCUGAUCUGUUUAUGAAUGCGUCACAGUGUGGUGCAUCCUUUGCCUUGGGAAAUACAGUAUAUGUACCAUCAUGACCAGGAUCACCACAACCAUCUUUGCCAUCUCUGUUGUGUCACCAGUAUUUCAUGUACUUUUCACUUGAGCAAGCAAGACAUGAUAAAUCAAAGGACAAUAGUCAUGCAUUUCAAAGAGUUGGAUGAUUGUGAACACAGUAGUCAACACUUACUACCAGCAGCAGCAGCAGCAGCAUCACCACAGUGCCAACAGAUGAGCAUUCCUGAAGGCACCAUUAUCCAUAUUGUGUGUUGUGGGGGAUAAUGAAGACUACAUCAGGAAUGCAUGCAGAUAAGUCAGUGACAUGCUCCCCUCUUUCCUUCCAGGCAGCUUAUGAAUAACACCACAAUUGUGUUACUCGAGUUCUUUAGAUCACACCAGAUGACACCUGGUUAUUUAAUGUAGGCCAUUGAGUCUUAAUGUUUGAUAACUCUAAACUUUGUAAAUCUGUGCCGUUAUGCUUCAAUAUUUAUGAACUUCAGAAUCAUUAUGACAUUAAGACUUAGAACCCACAUUAACCAUUCAGCUGUCAUCUAGGUUGCAUGAUUUAAAGGGAAAAAGUAUAACAUAACUUUCUAGUUAAUCAGUGGAUCAAUUUUCAAACAUGUUCUUUGCUCAGAGAAGGAUGUUAAAUGAUAGUAAAGUACAGGAAGAUGUAGCUGACCACACCUUAACAAUCAGGGAGGGAGGAAUAUGACCAGGGAGGUGAGGAGAAGUGUUAGUAAUGGUAUUCUCCUACCAAUGCUCUGUCAUCAUUUUGCCUGUAAAGUUUGCAGUCUGCCUUUGCCCUCCUCCUUUUGGUUUUAAAGACAAGUAUUCUCAGGAAGGAUAUGUUAAUCUUAUCCAGUUUGAAAUGUCCAAAGGCAGUGUAUCAGUAUAUCUGGGUACAUUGAACUAGAUGCCUCUGAGGAGCAAGUUAAAUGGGUCUCUCUUUUUUCAUCCUGGAAGAGUUUCUGUACUCUUGAGAAAACUCUAACCUGGUAUAAGUCUGAGUGAUGAAAACACAAAACUGUGUGUGUUGUUUUUUUUCACCUGAGGAUUAAAACUUUUCCAUGCUGUCAAAAUAGUUCACUAGUUAUCUUUUUUAUUAUUAUUAUUAUUAUUAUUAUUAUUAUUAUUAUUAUUAUGCAUUUCUCAUAACAGGUUAGAGUUUUCACAAUAGUACUUAAUUCAGAUGCUGGUGGUGGCAGCCUCCUAUCCUGCUGAGGGAGUAGGAGGAAAACACUGCCUUCUUAUUGAGAACAUGUUCACAAAAUAUAAGAUAGUAUUGAUAAAGCAGUAUUUAUCUUGCUAGUGUCAUCUGCUUUCAAUUGUGAGAGAUUGAACUUGCUGUAGUUGUGACUAGUUUUAGAGUCGUGGUAUUUAAUGUUUGUGAUGCAUACGUACAUCCUUUACAUGGGCAUGGUUUGAAUGCUGACUCAAAUUAAGGUUCAGUAGCUGCUGACUGGGGAACGUUAUUGAGGCAGUGGGUUUAGAAUUGUAAGUGUGUGAGAUUCUCUUUUGUACUGCACACUCAGCAUUACAACUGUCCAUCCAUUCUUCAUUGUGUAUAUAUCAAGGCCAGGUAGCUGCUGUGUGAAGUAUUCUCCUGCAGUGACAACCUGCAGUGAUGUGGAUUAUUAACUCUCUUUGUUUGUAGUUUGUGUGUGACUUGUACGAGUAUUAUGGGAAGGAGUAACACUCUUGUUUUGUGGUAGAUAUCUCAGACUAAUAUUAUAAAGUCCAUUACUAGUUACUUUUUUAUAUAUUUAUAUGUAUUUUAAAAUACAAUGUAAUUUAAAAUGUGUGUGUGUGUGUGUGUGUGUGUGUGUGUUUAUGUAUAAACUCUGUUCCUUGACAUUUUUAGGACUGAUGGCCAAGCCAACAAUCUUCAUUUCCUCGACAUUUUAGGAGUGAUGGCCAAGCCAACAAUCUUCAUUUGCCUCUAUCCUUAUACUUCAUCCUUGAAUAUUCUACUAAUUUCACCCUUUCACCUUCCCUUCAUUUGCCUCUGUUUUUACUUAAUUCUUGAAUGUUCUACUUAUUUAACUUUCUCACCUUGCUAUUUCAGUAAUGCUCUGUCCAUUUCAUUUGUAAGGAGGUUACCUGACACUCAUGGCAUCUUCAGUAAACCCUCCAGUGUAGCAAGUUAAUGGUGCCAAAAAAGUCUUGCUAAUGUUUCAUAACAGGGGCUGCCACGUGUAGGCCUGAUAGCUUCUUACAACUUCCUGUUUUCUUAUGUGAUAUUUGUAGUUCGUAGUGAGGAUUUGCUGACCAACCACAGGCUUGAGGAAGUUGAGUUUUGAUUUUGAAUUCACUAAACCAGAAGUUGUCAAAUGGAGAGUUUGCUGUACUUGACUAGCUUACAUUCCUCAUUCUUUAUUCCCAUUCUUUCCAAGUGACUGAACCAACUGUGUGUGCUGCACUUUACCACCAUCACUACUUCUAACACAAUCUAUGAUCUUACUUUUAGUGAAUGUACCAAAUUUCCCAACAUAGUUAUCAUGCUCUUGUUGGUGACCUUAUCAACAAUAUAUUUUUCUCAUCCCACACAGCUUUCUAUCUUUUCACAACUCUCAGUUGUCUCUUCAUCCACUUGCAUCAGACUUACCAUUCCUUCUCACUAAUUCUUAUCCCUUCUUAUAUUGUAAACUCUUCCUUUAUCUUUCCUUUCCCUGGAGGCCAUCAGUACAGUUGACAAGUCUUAUGAGAUCCUGUGAUCCUAGGGGGUAAUGGACCCAAAGGUAGUAAAAUACAUAAAGCCAAAAUGAGCUGCGUAACAUUGCAGUGUCCUCCUGGUUGGUUCUGCUUAAAAAGUAGACACUAACAAUGCAAAUUGUAUCUCUGGUGUUAAUGUUUCUUCAGAAAAAGGUAGCUCUAUACCAGUGCUGGUUUUACAAUGUUGUGUUUGAGUUUGGCCCUCAUGGUCAUAACACUCAGUGCACACAACUGUCUGUCUUAUCAUGUUAGUGGUGGUCUGGUUAAAAUGCAUCAUUCCUUAAUAUGUAUUUCAUGGAAAUCACAUUAUGCAUUAUGUUAAUCAGGCUGUGAUGCAGAGGUAUGUUAUAUCUUUCAUGCUAUAUUUAAUGUAUUUUUUAUCUGGAAUGUCUAACUAAAAGAAAUUAUGUAUUUGGAUUUCUGUGGUGGAAUUAUUAGAAAUGGUCUGUAACUUUUUUUAUGUAAUAUAACUAAAUAUUUGCUGUGGACGUUACUUUCUUCACAAAACAUAAAACAUGUCAUGUGUGGCCCAUUGGAGUCUAGCAGUCAUGACCAGUGUGAUGAGGAAGAAGUGUGUUGAUAGGGUGCUGAGUUGUCUAUACAUAAAACAUUCUCUUAACUAAAAUACACAUACAAAAGGCAUUUUAAUUCAAUGUAGAUCCAACCACAUCAUCAUAACAACCUGUUGGGAUGACCUGAGAUUGCCUGUAAAAGGAAAGACCCUUUGUGGGAAUAAAAAUACAGAGGAAGGAA